ACCAGUGAUUGAAUCCGUUGAUCGCGAUUUCAUAUUUACACAAUGUUUCGCAGUAUCCUCGCCCCGAAGGCGACCAUGAGGUCUGCUUUCCAGCAAUCAUCGUGCGUCUCCUGCUACCCCAGACAAAUUAGAGACUCGGACUGACAGCUCCUUUAGCCUCCCAACAGUUGUUCGCCCAUCGUCCAUUGCGGGAUUAUCAAGGAGGACAUACGCGACACAAAAUGGUUAGUAGCCAUACUUGAGAUGCUGUUGGGAAUACCCUCACUGACACAAUGCAGAGGAACAGGAUGUGGUCAUUAUUGGUGGCGGAGUCGCCGGGUACGUCGCGGCCAUCAAGGCAGGCCAAGAGGGCCUGAAGGUAUGCAAUCCUCCGCCCAGUUCUACUGACAAAGGCAUGUUUAAUUAUCAAUUAGGUGACAUGUAUCGAGAAGCGUGGCGUACUGGGCGGAACCUGCCUCAACGUCGGCUGUAUCCCUUCGAAAGCUCUCCUCAACAACUCGCAUUUAUACCACCAGAUCCUUCACGACUCGAAACACAGAGGCAUUGAGGUCGGCGAUGUCAAACUUAACCUGGAUCAGCUGAUGAAGUCAAAAGAUACCGCUGUCUCUGGCCUCACAAAGGGUGUUGAGUUCCUUUUCAAGAAGAACGGCGUCAACUACGUCAAGGGCACUGCGACGCUCACUGGCGAGCAUGAGGUCAAGGUCAACCUCAACGAGGGUGGAGAGGCGACCUACACCGGAAAGAACAUCCUCCUCGCUAGCGGAAGUGAGGCCACUCCUUUCCCAGGACUCGAGAUCGACGAGAAGAGAAUCAUCACAAGCACUGGCGCCAUCGCGCUCGAGAAGGUCCCAGAGAGCAUGAUUGUCAUUGGUGGUGGUAUUAUUGGCCUGGAGAUGGGAUCAGUAUGGUCGAGAUUGGGCGCAAAGGUUACAGUGGUGGAAUUCCUUGGACAGAUCGGUGGACCAGGAAUGGACGCUGAGAUCGCCAAGCAAGCGCAAAAGGUGCUGAAGAAGCAGGGUAUUGACUUCAAGCUCAACACCAAGGUCACUGGUGGCGAUUCCUCUGGAGAGAACAUCAAGAUCAACGUUGAGGCUGCUAAGGGAGGAAAGGCAGAGGAGCUUUCUGCCGAAGUUGUUCUCGUUGCCAUCGGCCGCAGGCCGUACACUGAGGGUCUUGGCCUCGAGAACAUCGGCGUCGAGGUUGAUGAUAAGGGACGCAUUGUCAUCGAUUCUGAGUUCCGCACAAAAUUCCCGCAUAUUCGCGCGAUCGGUGAUGCCACAUUUGGCCCCAUGCUUGCCCACAAGGCCGAAGAGGAGGCUGUGGCAGCCGUCGAGUGGAUCAAGAAGGGUUACGGACACGUGAACUACGGCGCAAUCCCGUCCGUCAUGUACACACACCCCGAGGUUGCGUGGGUGGGUCAGAACGAGCAGGAGCUCAAGGCUGCUGGCAUCAACUACAAGAUCGGCACGUUCCCGUUCUCCGCCAACUCGAGAGCGAAGACCAAUAUGGACACCGAGGGCAUGGUUAAGAUGCUCGCUGAUGCAGAGACCGACCGCAUCCUUGGCAUUCACAUCAUCGGUGCCAAUGCAGGUGAAAUGAUUGCUGAGGGCACAUUGGCGCUUGAGUACGGUGCGUCGAGUGAGGAUAUCUCCCGAACAUGUCACGCGCAUCCCACGCUCGCUGAGGCGUUCAAGGAGGCGGCAAUGGCAACUCAUGGCAAGGCUAUCCACUUCUAA